GCUGAUUUGGAACAAAAAACUGAGGGCUGCUGUCUAACACCAUAAGAGCAAGGCUCGAUCGUCCUUCUACCUCUGUUUGAUACGGCAUUGAUAGUUAGUGUAUUUUUUCCGUUAAGACUGUGCUGGUGGCUUCGACAGACAACCGCCAACGGACAACCACUGAGAAGGAAUUUCCAAAAUCCUGUGUACCUGUUCAUAACUGGUAUCUGUCUGGUGCCGAAGAUCAACGAAACGUGAAUGAGAUCAAUUGUUGUAGCUGGGCAGCUGAACAAGACGUUAAUCGUGGUGGACGUAGUGGUCUGGUGCUACUACCAUGGAGCUUAGCGACUCAUAUGUACUAUACAGCACUUCACAGCUCUACGCACUGCAGGUAGCAGGUGGAUCCGAGACAUUGGUCAUUGACAGGUUAAGUGGCGAGGUUCGGGUGGAUCGCUUAACAGAGAAACUCUUUGAAGGUGCAUCUGUUAUUGUACCGCCGAAACAACAACACGUUUUUGGCUUUGCCGGACUCGUCCAGCUUCUUGAUGGUGGUCAUGUUAUCGCUAUGACGGCACGCACGAAAGUGGCCAGCGUCGGUGGCAAAGCUAUUUACCGUAUCGAUGGUUGGCAGUUACUCCCAUUAGCUCGCAGUGAUGUACAUCUUACCGAGGAGCAGCGGUUGACAAAUGCCGUCUAUUUACAAAUGGUUUGGCAGGUUUUACGAACUCCUUACUUUUAUUAUUCGACUAAAUUUGACAUAACGCACUCACUUCAACGACGCGACAAGACGACAGCAGGAUUUUGCCAGAUGUCUCUAUAUGCCAGGGCUGAUUCGCGCUUCGUGUGGAAUCAACAAUUGUUAGCCGAAUGGGCGACUGGAGAGAGCCAGCUACAGAAGUUCCUUAUUCCGUUACUUCACGGCUUUGUUAUACAGAAGCAGUUGUCACUCAAAAAUGGCCAGAACUUCAAUUAUACGUUAAUCUCAAGACGAAGUGUACAACGGGCUGGUACAAGGUUUAAUACCCGUGGCUCUGACCUUGAAGGUAAUGUGGCUAACUUUGUCGAAACUGAAAUCAUUAUUGAGACGGCAAAAGGACGAAGCUCGCUGGUGCAGACGCGUGGCUCGAUACCUCUUUUGUGGCAACAACUACCUGACCUCAGGUACAAACCUCCACCGAUGUUGAUCUCUGGGCCGCAAGAAGAAGUUGUCCGUAAGCAUUUCGAACAGCAAAUUGUCACGUACGGAAAACAGGUUGUAUUAAAUCUUAUUGACCAGAAAGGUGCGGAAAAUGUUUUGGGCAAUGAAUUGGCGCGUUGCCUUACUGUCAUGGAAAAUUCAAAUGUUCGGUACGAGCCCUACGACUUCCAUACGGAAUGUAAGGGAAUGCGCUAUGACCGACUAAAGAUUCUUAUCGACCGCGUGGCCGACUCACAGGAUGCGUUUAGCUUUUAUAUGGAAUUUAAUGAUGAGUCAUCCCAGGUGAAAGUCCGCUCACGGCAGCAGACUGGAGUCUUCCGCACAAAUUGUAUCGAUUGUCUGGAUCGAACGAACGUAGUUCAAAGUUUGUUGGCGCGUCGCAGCCUCGGGAGCCAGUUAGUCGCUCACGGAAUAAUUAGUAACGCAACCGAGGUGGAUGACAACGAAUGUCUGGAGAAAGCUUUAAGGAUGAUAUGGGCUGACAACGGAGAUUUUUGCUCUCUACAAUAUGCUGGCACGGGCGCUCUUAAGGCGGAUUUUACUCGCACGGGAAAGCGAACAAUUUUUGGUGUUAUGCGUGACGGUUAUAGAUCGUGUCUUCGCUAUGUAAAGAACAACUUUUUCGACGGACAGAGACAAGACGCAAUCGAGUUAAUGCUUGGCAAUCAUCGCCUUGACGAGAUAGACGCACGUCGCCAGCUGAGUCGUCCGCAACUCCCGCCAGAUGUCUUUCUGGCACCACUUGUACUCGCCGUACUAGUUUUCCUACUACCACUGCUCAUUGUACUUGGACCUACGCGUGAGCAACCCAAAACGCUGUUCUUUAUUGUGAUUCUUUGGGCACCAUCGGUUAUGUUCCUUCUCUUCAAAAUUAAAGCCAACCGGAUGCUGUAUGUCGACAAACCUCGCUGGCUAAAACCUGUGGCGCCUGUCGCUACUAAUUCCUUUCGUCAUUAACAUGCAAACAGAAUCUAUGAUGGGUCGGCUUUACGGAAGAACGCAUUCUGGUUCAAGAAAUGCCUCCUGGGGAGACAGUGACAACGAUGACUUAAUGUAUAUCAAAAUCGUCUGACGAAAAAAUACCAGCAGCAGUUAGAAGUGGUAGUCGCUUCUCCAAUCGUAGUCAAGGUAGCAAAUGUUAAUAAGGAAUUUGUUAUUGUUCAAAUGAAGAUGGUUAGACAAGUAGCUGGACUGACGAGUGUAGAAUCUUUGAACAAGACACGGUUAGCACACGGAGUGAGAUGGCAUCAUCAGGCUAUGUUUGCGGCCGUUGUAAUAACUUGUGGCGCAUUAAGCGACGGGAACGCGGAACCAGACAUAUACAAUAUGUGCAAUCACGGCACUUUAUAUCAGAAAUAUUGCAUACAUCAGCACAGAGCAUAAUUAUAUUUAAGGGUAACGUUUGUCCUAUGUUUCAUUAUAGUUAAUGUUGUUCGUUACCUUAUCCAGUGAAUAAUAAAAAUUAUAACAGAAAUUAUGUACGCGUGCAUGUCGUGCGGAUGUGUGUGUGUGUGUGCCGGUAUGUGUAGAACAUGUGACUACUAGAAAAACAGUGCUGAAUUUAGCGCUUGAAUAUCCGUCCUAUGCGGCUGAUGAAUUAUUGGUGUUAGUAAACUUUAGUUUGAAUAUACUUUUGCAAGCGCUUAAAAGCGCUUUUGCAAUUUAUUUUGUACUUGUUAGUUCAGGUUAGCUAUUUGCAGAAGUAGGAUCAGAAAAAGUUCGUAAGAUCUGCCUUUUUCUAUCUAAGCCGCUCGUUAGAGUGAAUAGUUUACCGCUCAAAGAUUUUUACUCGAGUAAUUCGUCGAAUGAACGCCGAUUAAAAUAAGUGUAAGCAAAUUCGAACAGAUUUGGCUCGUCAUCGCAUUACUACAUGAUUACGCGUUUCGUUAGUUCUUUUACCAGUGUCAGUAUCCGUUGUUGUUUAGCAAUCGCCAUGGGCUACAACGAAUCUGAACGACCGUGUCGAUUGCUAAGAAAAAACAAUCUAUUCAAAUAUUUUACUAUUAAUAGGAAAUAAUAAAAAAAAAAAUGUUUACACGUUUUAGCUGGACUGAGGAAUGAAUAUCGGCCGAGUUAGAGAUUUUGGAGUGACUCUUAUAACGUGUUUACCUUGAGGCCGAAAUUCACCAGGUCGACUAUAGGAAAAGGUGCUUAUGAAAUUGAAGAAUAAAGAACGUGGUUAAAUAAUGAACAAACACAAAUUAUCCUAGAUCACUAAGUAAGCACAUUAGUGGCUGCUAACAUGUGAGGUGCCGAGUCAACGAGAGCGACGGUACAAUAAAGGUGUUUAACCAAAUGAAAGGAAAAGACAAAGUGGACAUACAGUCGAGUAGUUGUGUCCAUGUUUAAAAGAUAAAUGAGGUGGUGAGUAGGUUGAUUAUUUAGGAUUAAUGCAAGAAGAGAGGCAGGUAGACAGACGAAUAAACGAAGACAAAAAAUAUGACGACAACGGUCCGUUAAGAAUGUACAAAUCCAAAGAGUCACACUUAUACAUGCAUGCUUCAUAUAAAUAUACAUAUUUGUUGAGAAGGCUAUCAAGAAACAAAAUCAACACAAGCAGCAGGGAUGAUAACAGCGCUAAAAGAAAUCGGAAUUUCGAUAAUGAAAAAUAUUAUUGACAGAGAAUAAAAACAACUGAGUUUUGAGACACUUUUCUCAACUGCGAAGAAAUGCUUAUUAGACAAUUUGUAUUAUACGUUUUAUAUAAGGCUAGUGGCAGUGAAUCGAACGGCAGGCCGUUUUUACUUAGAAGCCAUGUCAGUGAAACACUGAACUGUCGCGCGCGAAAAGAGAUCGGAAAAUAAUCUGAAUGCUUGAAGAAAUAUGGCGAACAAAGCCGACGGACGAAGGCUAGUCAGCUGAUGUUUCCAGAUUCCCUUGUGACGUGUUUUUGUGCAAUUUUGACGUUAUGAAAAUAUACGGUGUACAAUCGCAAUGUUGAAAAAAAUGUUUUUUUUUUUUCUGAACACGUGUAUCGCACUAAUAAAUUGUUUCAUUAUAGUACGAGUUUACUGAACAUAGGA